UCAAUGGCAAACAGCUGACUGGUGGUGCCAUCACUAAUUCGCAAAAAAACAUUCCCAAAAACACAAAACUUUAGUUAGCAAUGAUUAUAUAUGGCGUCUAUAUAGUAAGUAAAUCGGGUGGCCUUAUAUUCAACCUGGACAACAAUGUGCCGCGUAUCGAGCACGAGAAGACCUUUACAUACCCACUGGACCUAGUGUUGGACUACGAUUCCAAGAAGGUGUCGGUGUCUUUCAACAGAAAGGAUGGCAUAAAUGUUGGUCAUGUCCUGGUGGCGGUCAACGGUAUGCCAGUAAAUGGAAUCACUUUGGAUGAUGGCCGCGCUGUGAAGACAACACUGGAGUCAGCGGACAACUAUCCGAUCAACCUGAAGUUCAGCCGCCCGAAGAUGACCACCAACGAGAAGAUCUUCCUAGCCAGCAUGUUCUAUCCCCUGUUCGCCAUUGCCAGCCAACUGAGUCCCGAGCCCAAGAGUUCUGGAAUCGAGAUUCUGGAGGCGGACACCUUCACGUUGCACUGCUUCCAAACGCUGACAGGAAUUAAGUUCAUUAUCAUCUCGGAGACGGGGCUUAAUGGCAUCGAUCUGCUUCUGCGAAAGGUCUAUGAACUCUACUCGGACUACGUCCUCAAGAACCCUUUUUACUCGCUGGAAAUGCCCAUCCGGUGCGAGCUAUUCGACAACAAACUGCAGGAACUCCUCGCCCAGGUCGAAAAAACGGGCAUUAGCAAUAUUGAUAAAUAAACGUUAAGUUGUCUUUGUACAUUGUUA